CUUGACCUUCAAGUGCUCGCAAACUUCACCAGUGGACGAUACCCUUGAAGCUUCUAGUCUCUGUAUCGACAUCUAAUGCUGCAGGCGAUUUAUCCAUAUGAAGGUCCUUUUCCCGGAACCUUGAAGUUUUCUCGAGACGAAAUAUUUUUAGAUAUCCGAGAGGAAAACGAGUAUUGGCGUUUGGUUUCCAAAACCGACGGGACUCUAGGAUGUGUCCCUACUAAUUUUGUUAAGCGAUAUGAGGCUAAAGAUGAGGAUUUUGUUCAGCAGUUAGCCAAAAAAGCUCUAGCGAACCUAACAGCCAAUUCGUCGGAGGAACUUCAGGGGAAAGAAGACUUAGUGAAACGUUUGCUUCAAAUAUCCAAGAGGAAACCAGACGAAAGUACAGCACUUUGUGGAGAACUUUCUGGGCUAAAAAUAAGUGCUCCUGAAAAACCUGUAACUAUGACUGGAACAGUUGGAUUAAUACCUGGAAAACCUUCCCCUGCUAAACAAAGCAUUGGUUUACCAAAGAAUUUUGAAUCCUGCUUAGUGGAUACAAUCAGAUUUGGUACAAAUUGCUCAUAUGCAGAUUGUCGAUCUGUCUAUUAUGCAAUUGUUGAUUUACUGUCCACUAUUCCGGAGCUAAAACAAAAUUUUCAAGGCUAUAAUUCAACCUCAUAUACAGUGGAAACCGAACUGGAUUAUUCACGAAGUCCUGAUUGGUAUCUUCUUAAAAUUAAACUUGGAUAUUUUGAAUCCCGACAAAGUAAUGAUCAAGAAUGUAAUUGGGGAUUGCAUGAGGACAGCCAUGAAAUCGUUGAACGCCUAAAUGAGCUAAAUACUCUUCUGGAAAAAGCUGAUCCAAAGUUAGUUGUUUGCUAUCUACAUUCGGUAAAAUUUCUACCAGUGCUCUCUCUUGUUGGACUAUAUCAACGCGAAACCAGGAAUGAAAUAAGAUCUAAGCUCCUUAGAUCUGUCGGUAUUUUGUGUUCCCUGGAUGCCUCUUGCAUUCGUAUUUGCCUUGGGUCAGUUCUACCAACUGAGCUUAUUCGUGAGCUACGAGGUUCUUCACCUUGUGAGAUUCCACAUCUUGCUUUACAGUUACGAUUUCUUUCUAUAUUAAUUAGUCAGUCUCAGACUCUUCCCGUUGACUUGUACACAUCACUUGAUCAAGAACUAUUCACUCACCUCAUUAAUUUAUGUGAUACUUCAAAACAACAGUCAAACUUAAUUGAUUUAGGGAAUCACUCUCCUAGUAAUCAAAUCCUAAUAACGGAUGGAUUGGAUCCGUUUGAACAGAAUGGCGGUCAGUAUUACAUGUUUUCUUAUGCAGUGGCGUUGUUUUUGUUAGCAUGCAACUGGCACUUUUGUUCAGUUUAUGCGCUAAAUUCUUCUGAAACAAGUUCGCCAAAUUCAACAGACACCAAGACACCGUUAUUAAAAGCGUUACUAGCCAAACCUGUGUCAUCACGUUUAUUCCUUGAAAUAAUUAUUCAGACAUUUAAUCGUCACUGUAAGUUGUAAUUGUUAUCAAUGUAUUGUUUUUAGAUUACAUGAUUCCUUUCUGUAAUUAGUUCGCUUCAAAUAAUAGGUUGUAAAAUGAAAACAAAGGUGUUUUCAUAUUUACACACUUUUCUAACAAAACAAGGUCUAUAGGUAUCAUUACCAAGGUCUGACUUAAUAAUUUCGAAUAAAUUGAGCAUGGGUUUAAAUAGUACAAACGGAAUAACACAAGAAUAUUGUGAUCAGUCAAAAAACAGGUCUGAACAAAUCAAUAUCAUGUCAUUUCGGUCAAGGUGAUUCAUAAGCGAAAGAUAAAUUUGUGUAUGUGUGCACAGUUAAGGAACACAAUUCGGAAUACUUUAAUUCGCUUAAAAGAAAAAACCCCUUUUAUGUCAACACAGAACUGUCUACAAAUUAGGUUGUGUCGAUUGUGAUGCCUUCUAUAUUGGAGAGUCAUCUCGUGAAAUCUUGACUGGAGCCAAAGAAUAUAUUUGGUACACAAAGAAACCACUUAAUCACCCCGUAGAACUGGAUAGACUUCAAAUUAAAUCAGCAAUAGCAGUUCACACCAUUUUCAACAACCACCAAAUCGAUUUCAAAAAUAUUAAAAUAUGACAAAGGUUUUUCCAAUUACAAAGAAAGGAGAGUAGCUGAAGCUUUCCAUUUAAUGCUUAAUCCUACUGCUCUCAAUAUAAAAGAAGGCUUCACUAUACAUCGUACUUGGACUAUCUAUCCUAGCCACCUAGUCUGACAUUAUUCACAGUUCACACUAUUAUCAUUUAAGAGGAAGAAUGUAUUUGUAAAAUCUCAGCGAAUGAAUUUGAAGUAAAUCCAACGUUUCGCCUGGCAAUCUGGUCCAAACUUUUUCAAGGAAAUAUAAUCAAAUAUAAAUGUUAUCUCACUAUAUUUUUCUAAUCAUUGACCUAUUUCCGAUUAUGUGACAUUGAUUUAAGCCUUUAUUAUUCUUAUUAAUACUAGCACACCUGUCAUCACACUAUUAAUUUGUACUUUUCACCUAUUAUGUAAUCUUUUCUAUUGUUUAAAACAAUUAAUCCCUUUGAUUGUUAUCAUUGACCCAUAAACUACCUUGAUUGGUUUAAUAAUUUCGUAUAUGCAUAUAAAUAUUACUGUAUAUUAGAGUAAAGCCUGAUGAGGAUCUAAUUGAAAACAAUAUUGUUCGCUUAUAUAUGUUGGUCUAAAUAUAAAUAGGUACAUGGUUCUCUGAUUCAUUGUGUACUGAAUAGGUCAUCCAAUCAACACUCAAAGUAGGUAUUUGGAUUCUUGUGUGAGAGACAUGUGGUGUGAAACGAAAAGUGUUGAAAUAACAUAUUGUGUGUGAGAAAUUUCAUCCACUAUAUAUUGUCUUUGGUCAGUGAAUAUUAAGAAAACAUAUAAUUUUUAUAUAUGAUAUGAAUAAAAAAUAUCACAGCAUGCAUAAAAUGAAGAUAAAUAGACAAGAUAAAAGAAUAAAUUCAAAGAGGAAGAAUGUAUUUAUAACUGAAAGUUUGUUAUUUUAAUGUUCCAGUCAGUUGUUCAACAUAUUCAAAUAUGAUAACUGAUUAGAACCGUUGAAUGUAAUUUACGUUAUUCAAACAAUACGGAGUUCAGGUUUACUUUAUUAAUCAUUAGUUGCCAUGGGACAGUUAAUUGUAUUCCAUCUCUCAUAUUAAUACUGUUUAGAUUUACCCAUAUAUGUAGUGCGUCGGCUGUUAAGAAUUAUUUAUUUUAUUGCUUUAAAUAGGGUUAUGAAUUACAACCUUAUUUUCAUAGCUAUAGUUUGAAAUCAAAGGGCUUAUAAUUUAGUCACUUGUUUUUAUUAGGGUCAUUAAAAAUUGGCUUCAUCCUUAACUAUGUACAUACUUUAAUAACGUUGUUAUAUGAGUUUCAGAGAAAGUGACCGGUAUGAUAAAUUUCAGACUGAGUUCACAUAAACAGUUGUCAAAUUUUUAUAUAUUACAAUGGUUAGUAUGCUUAUUUAAGAGGAAAAUUCAGUGUAUCUGUUUCCUAACCAUUCAUGAUUUCGUGGUUUUCUUUCGUAAUUUUAGUGGAUCCAAUCUUCAUGGUUACGUUUUUACCAAACCAUAAAAAUUGCGAUUCAGCAAAUAAUUUAACACAAUGGGCUAGCUUUGCUCGAUUUGAUGCUACUUGGACGACUUCGUCAGAAAAAAACUUGGAAGAUUUUAUUAAAAAGUUUGAAGCUAAUUCAUACUUGCGUAAAAAUACUCACAAUGAUUUGGAAUAUAUUCAAAGUCUUUGGACUCAUAAUUUAGGCCAAACAGCUGAGUUGGACAGUAAACCUGUCUUGCCUGUUAAUGCUAGCCUAAACACACCAAAUGACAGUGUAGUAAAAUUUCUCUGUGAUCUAUUUUCGUACUCAGAUACUGGAGCUUUAAUAUAUCAGAAUGAUUUGGAUGUAAUCAUUGGAGUGAUAAACCGGAGGAUACGAGAUGAACCAAAUUCUGAACAUCUACCUCAUUUACUGCUACUUCUUAACCUGAUAUGUAUCAAUGCGAAUAUUGCGAAUAAAAGUUCUUUGAAAAUUAACGAUACCAUGGAAAUACUUGCACCUCUUUCACAAGCAUCUCUUAGUCCACGUUGUAAAACACUGGCGAUCGCUGCACAUCAACAAAUAAAAUCGGUUAUCUGUUCACCUGAUAAAAAGUAUUGAUUGUUUAUUAAUUGUUAACUUGAGAAGAUUUAUUGAUAAUUCGUAUUUCUGAACAUUCCUUUUUUUUCUUUCACAAACAAUUUUCAUUAUCAUCAGAAUUCCAAGUUUCUAAAUAGAACUCUUUAAAUAAUACUAUCCACAGAGUACUAAACAUGUUUAUUGUUAUUAUAAGAAAUACAAAAAUUAGU